AUGGCGAUCUGUACUUAUAACACACGUACGCCUGCAUCGGAAACGGCCAUCGAAGAUCUGAUGAUGCAAGCCAAGAAGAUCAAGUACGACGCCAUCGGACUGACCGAGACGAGACGACGUCACCCUCUCAACGCCGUAUAUGAAACUGGAGAAGAACUGUUCUUAGGAACAUGCGACAGUAGAGGUGUUGGUGGAGUUGGCGUCCUCGUCAACACGACUAUGGCAAAGAACAUCGACUUUUUCGAACAACUUACGAACCGAAUCGGACGUCUGCGGAUGAGAAGAUGUGGUCCAACACCAGCUUUGACCAUCUUCGUCGCUUACGCUCCAACAUCAAGCUACGAAGAAGAAGAAGUCGAAGCUUUCUAUAUGGACCUGGAGAAGUUCUAUCGAGAAGAUCAUGCCUUCUACAAGGUCAUAAUUGGCUAUUUCAACGCCAAAGUUGGCCCAAGAAGAAUGCCGGAGGAACUUCACAUCGGGACCCACGGCCUACAAUGGAAUGACCAAAGCCCUCCUCUCUACGCUGAACGUGGGAGUCACUCGGAGGAGGGCAGCGAUGAAAUAGACCACAUCAUCGUCAAUAAAAGAGAGAGAAAUCCCAGGACUAUCAUCAACAAGGAUCUCUUCGCUAUGCUAGCCGGCUUUUGGGAAGAUUCCGCAGUGGACAACAUUGACGAGGAAUAUGACCGGCUUGUUGAACACCUUCACGACUACGCAAAAAAGGCUGAGAGUUUUAAAACCACCAAGAGACGCCUGUCUCUUGAAACUCUUGAGCUGAUACGCCAGCGUGGAGCAGCACGAGCCGCAGGGAACCAAGAACUCACGUCCGAGCUCGCAAUUCUUUGUAGAGAGGCGAUAAAGGAAGACCUUAAAGAGAGAAGAGCAGAAGUGUUAGCUGAAGCUGCAGAGGCGGGGAAAAGCAUCCGCUAUGCCCGUCGAGACUUCGCCAGUCGCAAGACGAGGAUGACUGCUCUCCGGAACCCAAAGGGAACAGCCAUUGCAUCGAGAAGGGGGAUGGAGAAAAUCAUCUACGACUUCUACUCUGAUCUCUUCGACAGCCAUGUCCACUUGCCUCCUCACCAUCUGAGGGAAGACGGACAAGUCAUUCCAGAGGUUCUCCUGUCCGAAAUACGACAUGCUAUCAUGUCGGUAAGAAAUCGUACGGCACCCGGUCCCGACAGAAUAAGACCAGAACACCUGAAGAGCCUUCCGCCAGUACUCAUCAACACCUUGGCGAGGCUCUUUACAUGUUAUCUGUCGGAAUGCAAGGUUCCUAAACAGUGGAAGACCAGCAAGACCGUGUUGUUGUAUAAAAAAGGAGAUCCACAUGACAUCGGCAACUAUCGUCCAAUCUGCCUACUGUCCGUCAUCUACAAGCUCUUUACAAGAGUGAUCCUCAAUAGGAUUGAAAAAGUCUUGGAUGAAGGACAGCCAUGCGAGCAAGCAGAGUUUCGAAAAGGAUUCAGCACGAUUGACCACAUUCACACUGUUUCGAAACUCAUCGAGGUAUCACGAGAGUACAAGAUGCCGCUCUGUCUCACCUUCAACGACUUAAAGAAGGCCUUCGACUCAGUUGAGACGGAAGCGGUCGUGGAAGCUUUGGACAACCAAGGCGUCCCUACUCAGUACAUAAAGGUACUUCGAGAGUUGUACAAGGGUGAUACAAUUCCACCCAAAAUAUUCACAGCCACCCUCGAGAACGCAAUGCGAAAGUUGGAAUGGGACCACAUGGGAGUGAAGGUUGAUGGUCGGCAGCUACACCAUUUGCGCUUUGCUGACGACAUCGUACUGAUAACACCUAGCACCAGCCAAGCGGAACGAAUGCUGACCGAAUUCGACGAAACAUGUGGAUGCAUCGGUCUUCAGCUGAAUCCACAAAAGACGAUGCUCAUGCGGAACGGAUGGAUCUCGGUUGCCCCAUUCACGCUCAACGGAACGAACAUAUCCGAAUGCACCAGCUACGUUUAUCUGGGUCGGGAACUGAACAUGAUGAACGACCUGACCCCCGAGCUGGGCAGGAGGAGACGAGCGGAUUGGGGAGCGUACAAGAGCAUCGAGGAUGUAGUGAAGAAGACCAGGAACACCCGGCUCCGUGCUUGCCUCUUCAACACCACCGUACUUCCUGCUUUGACCUAUGCUUCGGAGACCUGGGCAUUUCGCAAGCAGGAAGAAAACGCGGUGAGCGUCAUUGAACAAUUGAGAGAGUGA